GUCUAUGUAAAUUCUGUGCUGUGUACGUUUGUUGGUGUCGUCACAAGCAAAUUUAAUUAGAAAUCGAGAAAUUUACUAAAGUAGAACUUUUUAUUAUGACAAACCAAAGUUGACGGUCGUCUGUUUUACUGGCACUCUUGUAGUGGCUUGUGAGUUAUGCUUCGUUACCACAGUUCGGAGGCUCUAGCUUUCGCAACAUAGCAUAAGUUGAUCAAGAAAAAUGUAUGGCAUUAACGGAUCAGACUUUCCACCUGUCAAAGAAGACACAUUUUGUAAAUAUGUUUUGUACUACGAGAUAAAUAAUUCAAGUGUACGAAUUUGGGAUCUAAUAAUUUUGAUACCAAAUGCUUUAUUCCUGUUGUUCUUGGUGAUAAGAUUCAACAAAGCCCAACUAAAACUGCGUGCUACAAGUAGUCCUAUAUUUCUGACAUUUUAUAUGUUGGUUUGGGGUAAUGUUAUUAUAAGUUUGGUGAGAUGUGCUGUAUCUAUGACUGUCAAUGCAGCUAUGCCCUUAGGGGGUUUAGUGGACAAAAUAUUAUGGGUCACCGUAAGAUUCUUUCUCCUGGCAACAGAAAUGAGUGUUGUUAUAUUUGGACUUGCUUUUGGUCAUUUGGACAGCCGUAGUAGUAUCAGAUAUGUACUUCUGGCUACAUCACUUGUAUCAUUGGUCUUUACUAUCACUCAGGGUACACUUGAAAUUGUGAACCCAGAUGACAUGUUCCAUAUUGACAUUAAAGAUUAUGAUUUAUUUGGACAUGGUGGAAUGUUGUUUUGGUUCAUAUCAUCGUUGGUGUUUGCCCUAAUUUAUUUCCUCAUACUGCUGUUGCCUUGGAUACCAUUACGAGACUAUUUGGCAUUACCAUCAAAAUUGUCGUUUUACCUAUACGUGCUGUUGCUGGCAUUACUCGACACGAGCCAAGCUGUGGGUGCUGGUUUGCUCACUUGGGGAUCUAUGCAGUCCGGCCUCUGCGUUGUCGAUGUCACUACUUGGCUCUACUUCUCUUUGUACACGCCACUCGUCUAUCAUACAUUCUUGAGUGAAUUUUUCAGCGUGUCUCAACCGAGCAUCAUGUUCUCGUACAAGGCUCAAAUGGACGAGCCCAUGGACGAUGACCAGGUCUCUCUACCACACCAGCAAAGCUUCAGUUCUUUGAAGACUGACUCUGAUUAUAUUUACCAGAGCAACAGCGUGUAUGACAGCACCUUGUUCGAAGCUGGCGGCACUACACCCAUGAAUCCGGUGUACAGCGCUUCCCUCCAGAGUCCAGAUUCUAUAGCAUCUAAUCAUUCGGACGGUAUUCCCGUAUUUCUCAACGCGCCGUCCACAUAACAAUGCAUGGUAUAAUUAACCGCAUCCAAAGAUACGUUACUGUUAGUGUUACAUUGUAAGAGUUGAGGUUUUCAAGUAUUACAACGACUCGAUUUGUUGAGAAACAUUAUAGAUGGCCACUUGAUACUUUGGUAUCUAUUUUUUUAGGUUAUUAUGUUUAUAUGAAUGUGAAUAAAUGUAUAAUGAAAUAUUGAAUGUACGAGAUUGUGCGGCAGGCAGGUUGAAACAAAAUGUUGAUUUUGACACCGCCAUUUUGAAAUAUCCUACAACUCAAUCGCCAUAUUGGUAAACUUAAUUGUCGUGCAUUGUAGAGAGAUUAUACUAUAUUAUAGAUAUAGAUUAAAAUCAAUUUAAUUAAUCGCGGCGUUUAUUUUACAGGCAAACAAGUAUUGGUUUAAAAAAAUUAGAGGUUUUUAAGCAAAAAAUAUUACAAUAUAUUUAAAUAAAUUUAACAGGUAUUUGUGGCGAACUUUUGCCAGAUAAUGCUGCUAUAAUAUAUUCUAUGAUUGUAUAUUAUUCAUAAAACGUAUGUUUUUAUCAAAAAAGGAUAUUUGCUGAUAUAAACGGUCGGAUUUUAGACUAUUAAAAGUGAGUUUUUUAUUAAACGAUUAAAGUGGAAUUUUCAGUAAAUUUUAUUCGAUGAACUAUGUAAGCGUGAAUCUGUAGUAGCUCACGUUUCGAAUCGAGUCGGUGUAUUCUGCGGCCUCCCUUAGUAUUACGAGAUACCAGAUUUAUUUUCUCAUUAUGAAUCUCUCAGUUGAACUGAAAUUUGAUUUAGCUCGUAACGUAAUGCAAUACGAUUUAAUUUUGUGAUACACAGAGCCAGUGAUCAAAUCGAAUUUCUUGAAACUGUUAUACAUCCCAUUUCUGCUUUAAGUCUACGCAAUGGAUCCAUCCAUGUCUGAAGUUAGAUUUAUAUUAGCACUAAAAGCUACUUAAAUUGUAUAUAGAGUUCUCUCUUAGAAAUUGUGAGUGCAUUUUUUUCGUUACACAUAAUGUACGCGUGCGUUUAUUUAUAUUUUACAUUUUUUUAAGGUAUUUUAAAUACAUUUUUUUUCUCUCGACUAGUGACGUAAGUAUAAGGUAAAAUCGCCUUAUGAGUCCACUGGUUUUGACCGUAGUGCUAAAAACCAAAAUGAAAGAGGUUCGAUAAUAUUUUACGUCCUUUAUAAUCAGUCCGAGCGCUCUGUAUUUGAGACGUAGUUGGCCUUUUAGCAAAGGUUAAAAACAGUGGCCUCAUUAAGCGACAGUACCGUAUAAAAAACUUAUGGGAGUUCUUUUUCGAAAAGUAACUAUAAAAAUGAAUUUGCAUGCAAUUAUUUUUUUAUAGAAAUAUAUGAUUGCAUAUUAUAUAUAUGGCUGUGACAAAAGUCACGAUUAGUACCUUAUUAUUUUAUUUUUAAUAUUGUGUUAUAAUCAGUUGUGUAUAUUAUAAAAGUUUAUUUAAGAAGCUGCGUUGGAAAGUAUGCACAGGUCAUCGUGUCACUAUUAAAAGACCAUAUUUUUAUAAGAAAUCAAAUUUGAACUUACCUAUCAGCAGAUUGACGUUUAAAUUGUAUUAGAGAAAUAUUAAUUUUGUAGUAACAUGAUAUGCUGUCGACUGUACCAUUCUAUAGCUCCAUAGAAACUACACUAUGAUCGUUCGUAUUUUCUCAUGAACUUUUAAUUAGAUGUUAUAUGAUGGUCUUGUCAAUAUUCAAAGACGUCGUCCGUUUAUUACGUAAAAUGAGUUAUGGGGGAGUCUUAUUUUUUUUUAAUAAGAAGGUAGGUGGUCUUGAUAAUUCUAUUAUUAUCUAAAAACAAAAAACCUGUAAAGUUAAGACUAUUUGUUCUUAUGAGAAUGUUAAGCAAAAAAAUAUUUGUUUUUCGUUUAGAUUCCGAUUUUUACUUUUUACCUAGGGGAAGGGGAUCAAUAACUGACAAAAUCGUUCGACGUAAUAAUUGGAUGAUGCCAUAUUUAUUUCAAGUGAUUAUUUUGAUAUGUGAUAUUUCAUUAGAUGCUAAAUAGAUUUCCGUUUUAAUUCAUUCUCAGUAUGAUGCCUAUUUCAUAUUUUUAUAAUCACUUAAUCUUAAAUCCUGAAGAAAGUUGUAUGUAUAUUAGAUAAAAUCAAACUCAAAUCUUAUCGGAGGACGUAUAGAAUAGAAAUAAUUAAAUAAAAUGCGAUUUAGACAACUCCACUGCCGAUGUUUUAAAAAUAAUCACAUAUCUUACUACAAAAUAAAAAAUUUCAUGUUAAUUAUCAUUUUCAGAUCUUAAAUGAAAGUUUAAUACCUAGUUAGUUUGUUAUUCGCAGUAUUCAUUUUAAUUAACAAGUAUUUUAAAAUAUUUUUUCUCAUGUUGUAGUAUGUGCUAGUAGUAGCGUUUCCCUAUCUGUGGUCCGCGGACCCCUGGGGGACCGUAAGUUAUGUCCGCUGAGUUCUUGGUACGGCUAAUGGAAUUAAAAUUCGAUAAUAACAAAAACUCAAAAGGCUCAAAAAGACUAGCACCCAGAGCUGUAAAACUCGAAUAUAUGUAAAACUCGAAUAUAACAGAAUUAUUUUCAUAUGAAAUAGCCUACAGUUUAGUAAAUGUAGGACCGAUUUUUAUCAUACAAAUAAGUGGUCAAAGACAUUCAUUAUUCAUUAGCAAUACGCUUGAAACUUUGAUCGAUUUCCUAGGGGUCGGUCGACAAGAAAAGUUUAGGAAAAGCUGUGCUAAAGAAUGCUAUGAAUAGAAAUAAGUGUAAAAGGUUUUAAAAUAGUGCUAUUGAUCAAGUGUAAAUGCACACUAAUCAGUUUCAACCAUUAUUAUUGUACUGUGAUGAUAUUAUUUACAUUUUGUAAUAUUACGUUGUUGUUUUUAUACUUUUUUUUCUUUGUUUGUGAAAGAUAUUUAAAGGGAAAAUAGGAAAGGUGGGAUUUUGCAUUAAGAUGCUAGACUGUGUAGGAAAUGUAUUAUAGCCAGUUUAAUUGAGAAUCUACUUACACUUGCCAAUACUACUUUAGCUGAAUAAGUUUGUAAAAGGCAAUAAAAUUAAUACAGAUUUCAAGGUUAUUAAGAUAAUGUAAGUUAAGGCUAGGUGAGUUUUUAAUGUUAAUUAGCCGAGAUUUUUUUUAAAAUAUCUAAAUUGUUUUAAAUCAGCGUCAAUUUUUCAAUCGAAUAAAGUAUAUGUAAUUAUCACCCACCUCAUUGUCAUAGUGACAUCGUCAAUUUUUUCCUUUGUAAUUGUGAUAUUUCACAUGUUCUUUCUACUCAUGUGAAAAUUUAAGUGAUAUUUUGGUUGGUGGCGUAUAUUUUGUUGUUUUGUCUCUUAGACAACUAAUAUAGUAAUUCUAU